UCUCUGAGCUUGCAUCGCUACCAUGGCCACGCGGUGCAUCUUCAUCACUUUCUUGCUUUUAUCUCUUAUUCUUCGAUCAACCCCAGCGGCUGCUUCUCCGGCUUCUUCCAAUGAAAUUUCUACCUUAUCACCAGUUUCUGUGCAGGGCAUGGAUAUCACCACUGGAAUAAUCCAGGCAAAUCCAAGGAAAUUGGCAGGGGGAGGGAGAAGUGGAGGAGGGGGCGGAAGCAGAGGAGGAGGCGGAGGAAGGAGUGGCGGAGUGCGUGUCAUUCCCCGCACCGGAGCAUAUGGCAAGAGUUCUGCAUCUCCAAGGAAUCACUGCUUGGAGAUGACGAUGCUCACAGUGUUGGCAACCAGCUUGAUGAUUAUCCUUCUCCUAUAAGAAGCAUUUAGCCUUCUGAUUUGUGAUAAGUACAGGGGGUGGUGCCAGUUUUUGUUGGUUAUGUGAUUGGG